AUGAAUCUCUUGCUUCUCCGAAGUACUCCUUCAUAUUCCAUCCUCGAUUCCUCUACAGUGUCUUGCUUUGACAGGGGUCCCAAAACCUCCAGUUCAAUCCUCCGAACCACCGCUCUAGUCUCAACAACAACAAUCCCAGGACGCGACCGAGUCAUUGACUUCGGAAAGUACAAAGGCAAAAUGCUAGGAACCCUCCCAUCGAACUACCUCAACUGGGUCUCCACAAAUCUCAAAGCUAGUGAUUUCCAGGAGUGGGCCCAGCUCAUGGACCAAGUCCUGAAUGACCCACUUUACAGAGACCGAAUUGAGUGGGAAUUGGCAGAGAAGUUGUUGAAUGGAGAUGUUUUUUGCUCCUCAGGCUCAGGGUCAAGAGUUGAUCAAAACGUGGUGUCUGAAUUGCUUGAAAUCAGCGAGAGGUUCGAUUGGGACAACGAGGAUAAGUUGGGUUGGAGUAAGAUCGAUUUUGGGCUUCUUGGGACCUCCAAGGGGGGUCGAAUACCAAGGAGGGUAUCCGAGAAGGGAGGUGUGGGGAGAGAAAUAAGGGAGAAAAGAGAGACAAGUAGUAGGGUUUGUGACGGAGGGAGUAGUAGGAUGAGGAGGAUGGAGAGAAGAGAGAGAGGGGAAGGUUGA